AUGGCUUUCCUGAGCAGGCUAAGAAUCGGUAGAAAUACCUCGAACGGUGCGCCACGAAGCAGACGAAUACCUGCGCUUAUUUUCUGGUCGCCGCUUGCCCUGGCCUUCGGCAAUUACUUCUGGACGGUGAAACUUAUCAGCGGGCGCAGCAUGCAGCCAACUCUUAACCCGGACUCAUCUCUAUGGAGGGAUUUUGGCCUCUUCGAUAAGUUCUCGAUACGUUCCCGGCAUGCGUACCAACGAGGAGAUAUCGUUGCCAUUGUUUCACCUGAGGACCCCCGGAGGAUGAUUGUGAAGCGAAUAUUAGCCAUCGAAGGGGACACUGUGAGAACCCUACCACCCCAUCCUGAUCCAGAAGUUCGUGUUCCAGUUGGCCAUGUAUGGGUUGAAGGAGACGACUCCUUCCACACGGACGACAGUAAUCGUCUUGGCCCGAUUCCUGCAGCUCUUAUUGAGUCCAAACUGAGUAACGGUGCCUACGGCGGAAACUUUGAAUUCCGUCCAUGA